AUGUUUUCUACUUCUUUACUCCUUGCUAACCUGGCGCUGUUGGCCACCGUCAAUGCCACCUUCAUUCUCCAAACACCAAUCGCCAUCGGUGGUUGUGCUUGCAAAGGCGAGUUCGAUCAGAAGCUGGAGCCCUGCGGCGGGUUUGAUCCGACAGAUCGGUCUGUAGUGUCUCCUUUUCCAGCCGCCGGCCAAGACAUAAUGGUUUCGUCUGCCAACUACACGUCCACCUUCUACUUCAAGGCAGCGUUAGUCACGGAUCUCCACAACUGGGUCGAACUAAGACCGUCCAUGCCUCACCAUGGUGACGGUCAGUUUUGCUUCAGCCGCAUCCGUGGAAAGAACGCGUGGGUCGACCGGGACGUUGUGCUCCAGAUCUCGCAGUAUGAAGGCAACGGGAUCACCAACUACCAGUGCGCUGCGGUGCGGUUCACCAACGCUUUGUACGCCCAGGGUGGUUGCACCAAACCUGCCACCCCGGGCAGGGGCCUCGAGCUGCCAGGCAAUCAUGCCGUGGAAAAGCGACACCCCGCUGUUGAUGUGAAUGACACGACGGCGUUAUCAGGCCGCGAUGCCACUAGCACGCCGGUCAAGGUCAAUGAUGCAAGCGCCUUGGUCCGCCGCUUUGCUUACUUCAGUCCUAUCGCCGUGCUGUCGGCAGCGGUACUGCCGUGGUAG